AUGAGUUUUAGCACACACUCCAGCUUCUCCACAAGGACACUGGGCUCCAUGCAGUUACCCAGCUGCUGGGUCCAGCUAGCCAGCAGCACUAGGGGCUCAGGCUUCGGGAUCUCAGUGUCCCACUCCACCAGCAUGAGGGGCAGCUGGGGAUCCAGGGGCCUGGCUGCAGGGAUGGCUGGGGGCCUAGUGGGCAUAGGGGACAUCCAGAGCAAGAAGGGGACUAUACAAUGCCUGAAUGACUGCCUAGAGAGGGUGAGAAGCCUGGAGGCUGAUAAUCAGAGACUAGAGAUCAAAACAGAACACUUAGAGAAGAAGGGACCCCAGGUCAGAGACUGGGGUUAUUAUUUCAAAGCCAUCGAGGACCUGAGGGCUCAGAUCUUUGCAAAUUCUGUGGACAAUGCCAGCAUCAUUCUGCAGAUUAACAACGCCUAUCUUGCUGAUGAUGAUUUCAGAGUCAAGUAUGAGACGCUGACCAUGCACCAGUUUGUGGAGCAUGGCAUCAAUGGGCUACAAAAGGUCAUUGAUGACACCAAUAUCACUUGGUUACAUCUGGAGACAGAGAUUGAGGCUCUCGAGGAGGAACUGCUCUUCAUGAAGAACAACCACAAGGAGGAAGUAAAUGGUCUACAAAACCAGAUUGCCAAUUCUGGGUUGGCUGUGGAGUUUGAUGCCCCCAAAUCUCAGGACCUUGGGAAAAUCAUGGCAGACAUCCAAGCCCAGUAUGAUGAGCUGACUCAAAAGAACCAAGAGGAGUUAAACAAGAACUGGUCCCAUCAGAUUGAAGAGAGCACCACAGAGGUCACCUCACAGACCACUGAGGUAGGCACUGCUGAGAUGACAUUCAUGGAGCUGAGACAUAUGGUCCAGUCAUUGGAGACUGACCUGAACUCAAUGAGGAAUCUGAAGGUCAAUUUGGAGAACAGCCUGAGGGAGGUGGAGACAUGCUAUUCCAUGCAGAUAGAACAACUCAAUGGGAUCCUGCUGUACCUGCAAUCAGAGCUGGCCCAGACUUCAGCAGAGGGGCAGUGCCAGGCUCAGGAGUAUGAUGCCCUGCUGAACAUCAGGGGCAAGCUGGAGGCUGAGAUUGCCACCUACCACAGCCUACUGGAAGAAGGGGAGGACUUCAAUCUUGUUGAUGCCCUGGACAAGAGCUACUCCUUACAAACCAUCCAAAAGACCACAACCCACAGGAUUGUGGAUGGUAAAGUGGUGUCUGAGGUCAAUGACACCAAAAUUCUGGGGCAUUAAAGGCAGCAGAAAUGGGG